GGAUUUGAAUUUUAAAUGAAAUGAUACCAGCUUUUGACCUUUUUGUCCGGCUAUAUCCCUUGCCAUAUCUUGAAUGGGUUUUUGAGCUAUUUCUGGGCGUAAAAAAAACCUCAGAUGUGUCUUGUUGGAGCCUGGGUCUUAGAGCAUGUUUCAGUGGCCAGACGCCUGCCAGCAUUCAGUAUGCCCCUAGCGCUUGACCACGCUUGCGGCGUCAUUAAAAAAGCAACGUCCGCCUCAAACUACUGUCACUGUCUACCAUUAGCUCAACUAGGAAAUAAAAUAACCUUCUUCGCUAGGCAUAUUUCCCAAUUCCAUAAUCAAGAUGGCCAAGGUGAAACACCUACAUCUGUAGAAACCUCACCGUCACAAUGUCAUGAAACUUCCACCGUCUCAUCAUACGACGUGGGUUUACAGAUUCUAGGUUUUCGCAUUGGCCAUAUGCAACCGACUAAAGCUAGCCCUAACUCGGUUAGAUGUCGUAAAUAUGCCUACUCGAACCACUCCAUGAGACAGGAUAGUGCUGGAAGCAUCCAAUGCACAUUGCGCCCCUCAAGUAUACAUUACCAUAGAGCUCCACGUUUGUGACGUAUAGCCCUGACAUAACCGAUGUAGCUUUACUAGCUUGUUCUAACGAGUCACUCCUGGGGAGUAUAUGUGACCCGAGGCUCCAAUUAACGGCACGGCUAUGGGGGGCAAGGAAGUACCAUCUUUUGUUUCUCCGCCGUUGGUAGCCGAUUUCCUUGUCCUGUCACAUUAAUA